AUGGAGGUUCAUUUGUGCCAAAUUUGUUCGAAUCCCAAAUGCGAAAGUAAAUAUGGGUUUUUCCUCUGCUCCGCCUGCUGCUCCUUUUUCCGUCGAAAUUUUCACGAAAAGUCCCCACCAAACUACGCGGCAAUUAUGAAUAAAUUCUUUAAUCUACCAUGCAGCCCCGGACACGUAAACUGUAAAAAAUGCCGGUUCGACAAAUGUCUAGAAGUUGGGCUUAUUCGACCUGUCACGGAUAAUCGAGCUCGAGAAAUGGCUGCAAAUUUGAAUUUAGUAAAUUUAAUCCAGACAUUGAAGGAUCUGGAUAUAACUCGAGCAGAUAAAUUUUCAAAUUACAAUCUAAUUGGUCCAACUUCUCCAGCAGAUGCUAUAUUGAUCCCAGUAAAAUAUUCCGCCAAAAAACUCCAAAAUCCUACAUGCCACCACUGGAGCCUUCUCAAUCAGAUUACUACUAUAGAUUUCUUGAAGAAAAUCAAUUUUCCUCAAGCCAUAAACCCCGAGGACCAGGGUUCAAUUAUUCGAUCCGGGUACAUUAAGCACAUGCUUUUCUCAACUGCAUUUUUAAGUUACACGAAGAAGCUUGGCGAAAUGCGAUUUCCUGAUGGUUCCGACAUUUUCGAUGCUGAAAUUCUCAAAACUCCGGAAUUUUCUCAUCGAUUUUUAAGAGAGAUUCGAGAAUUACUAGUUGACAAGUUGGCCAAUUUGAAAGUCACUCAAGAGGAGUACUUGUUACUUUCAGUCAUAUUUCUGUGUAGUGAAGCUAGUCCCUUACUGUCAGAGGACGGAAAAGCAAAGUUGCCAUGUAUUCAGAGAAUGUAUGCAUCAUGUCUACUCCACUAUUGUUGUCUGCAAAAUUCCAAGUCUGCACCUGCCAGAUUCACCGAAUUGUUAUCAAUUUGGAUCGUUAUCCUCCAAACUUUCAAAAAUUUCAGCCAUUUUGUGACUCUAGUCCAGCUUAUCGGCAAAGAAACGGUUUUUUUGAGUAAAUAUGAUAACUUGAUGCAAUUUGCAAAUUCUUAA